AGGAAACAUUGUAGGACUCGCCACAAACUGGACGAGAAGUGUGUGACAUGCCCUUCACAUGGUCUAAGUAAACCACACACUCAUCUUUCUUAACCGAAAAAUCAGGCCGUAAUACAUCGAAUCCAACUGAAAGAAGAACGAAAAAUCAAUCGGAAUUACAAUCCUCAGCCUUUUAGUUUCUCUCAUUAUAAAUUGAUUAUUAAAGUACAAAACCUUAAAGAACUGGACGUAAAAAAAGAUGAGCGAUCGCCACAAUUGGGGAUGGGGUUUGGCCGAAAACGCGGCUUCUUGGCAGGUUAAUUCAUUCAUGCAUUAAUUUAUUUCAAGGAGGCCGCCGUUAGUUUAUUUUAAAAAAUUCGAUUGAUCGGCGACUGUUUCUGCAAUUUAACGAAUUUUGGAGUGUUUCUACAACUGGAGCACGUGUCCAGCUUGUGUUAUCGAGCCCGAACUUUUCAAAUCGGAAAAAUGGGAAAACGUGUGCACAUCGAUGAGCACUGUACAUCUGAAAGUCGUAAAUCAUUACUUUUACUCUGAUUGAGAUGAAAUUUAAGGGUCGUCAGACCAUGUCACGCAGCAACUUUCCGGACGAGGGGAACUCUUCCUCUCAGUGAAGUCGGAACCAGAAUAGCCAGCUCUCGAUGUUCUUUUUGCCCUCGAAAACGAAGAACCCAGUUCUAAAGUUGGCCAGUUGACUGACAAUGUGGGGAGUUUUAGGACAGACUUGUCUCUAGCAGCAUUCCAUCGGAUAAAGCGUUAGCUCUGCAAGACGAUGUGUUCCUUGUUCAAAUCGUCUGUCAUGAACCACCGACGCAAGGGAUUGCUCAAUCGGUGAUCUAUUCAUAUCUCGGGUCUCCCAAACUCCAUAUACGAAUACUUAUUUAGACAAGAAUACACAUACUACAUUUUAAUUACACAACAGUAGACAUGAGAGGAUUUGUUUCGAAGUAGUUCUGAAUAGAAACCAAAGGGAUUUUAAUUAAAGAAAAAAUAAAAUAAAAUCUUUUUUGCGUCGUUCGUGCAAUUUUUUCGCCGCUUGUCUGGUUUUCUGGUUGUUUCAUGACGAAAAAAGCGGAGGAACCAACACCACCUUAAUCGAUCGCUAAGCAACAAAGAGAGUCAACAGCCGUCAUACCGUAGACACAUCAACAGAAGCGAGGAAAUAAUUUUUUCCUCAUUAAAAUCCCUUUCACUUUUGCUUCUUAGUUCAACCGUUUUCUUCGUACGAGAUAGCUGCAAAAGUUCGAGUCUCCUCGACCAUACUAUCCGAUCCCGUGUCAAACAUUUGAUGUCAGAUUUUCCAAAGAGACUAGUUUCAGUAGUUUCAUCGUUGGAUAAACCGAACUAACAAAACCAGUUCCAGUCCUUUAGCUAUUACUAGUAAACAAUAUUUCAUCGUCAUGCGUGCCGUUAGUUAAAAAGCUUCGAUCAGCACAUUGUUUAGAUUCUUGAUAUAUACGUAAACAGGAGAAACCCAACUCCCUGGAGAAUUUCGUCUUCCGUCUAAUUUGCUGGAGCGGAUUAGAAGGGAACCAGAAGCCGGAAUAUCCAGUGCUACAACUGCUAGCUAGAGUCUUGCUUCCUGGGAGUGUUGUCUAACUCAAGAACAGGUGUAGAGCGGCUUGUGUCGAGGUCGUUUUCGAGCCGAUUUGUUCUUCCAAGACAAAAAGGACCAAAAACAGGAUGUCAGACGAUGAAUUUCAAUUGAAACUCGAAGAGGAUGGCGAAGAUGAGAAAAAGGAGCAAGAGUUUGUUAUCACGCGAUCGAAAGCGAUCGGGUUGGUUGUAUUUGUGAUUGUCUUGAUAAUAUUUUUCGCAGUGAUUUCGGGUGUUUUUAGCGCCCGUCGGGCAAGAAUUGAGGCUCUGGAUGAAAAUCAAAGCUCGAAGGGAGGUAAAGCACCAGGUAAAAGGCCAGCACCUACAGAAGAACCUGGAGUAACUGCAGGGACUGAGGUUUCUACAUCAACAGCAGCACCCACGAACGCAUCUACCAACGCGUCCGGGCCAAUAUCAAACGCGACAGCGGUGACACCUUCACAGCCUGUGAAGCCGUGGAAGAACAUCCGAUUACCGCAAAAUAUUCGUCCAGUUCACUACAGUGUCUACUUAGAUCCCUACUUGGAGCUAAACACUUUUAAAGGAAACGUGUCGGUCUUAAUAAACGUCACGGAAAAAUCCGAUGUCAUGUCCUACAUUUUGAUUCAUAUCAAUGACAUGAACGUGACUCACGCUAAAGUUUACAAACGCGAUUCAAACGUGACAUCCAACACUACCUCCCUAGGAGAAGAAAUCCCUUCGAAGACCUUUGAAUAUUCAGAAAACGAUUACUUUGUGUUCGAACUGGAGAAAGAUCUUGAAGUUGGUGGACAGUAUGUACUGCUGAUGUCCUAUAAAUCGACAUUUUCCAGUCAGUUGAAUGGUUUGUACAUAAGUACAUACACGAAUGAAAAAGGCGAACAGAGACGUCUUGCAACCACAAAAUUUGAGCCAACUGAUGCACGCAAAGCCUUACCAUGUUUUGAUGAGCCUGCCAUGAAAGCAACAUUUUCCACUGUGAUUGUUCACGAGAAAGACUACAGAGCAUUGUCAAAUAUGCCAGUGGUUAAACAACAGCAGCUGGCAAAUGGGAGAAUAAGAUCACAUUUCAUGAAGUCAGUCCCAAUGUCGACAUAUUUACUGGCAUUUAUUGUAUGUGACUUCAAGUUCACAAAUGCAACCACCGGACAGCAUAAGAACAUCACACUCAGAGUGUGGACAACACCAGCCCAAGUGAACCAAACAAAAUUUGCACUGGAUGUUGGAAAUGGUAUCAUCACAUACUAUGAGGAGUAUUAUAACCUUGGUUAUCCUCUUCCUAAACAAGACAUGAUAGCCAUACCAGAUUUUUCAUCUGGAGCCAUGGAAAAUUGGGGAUUAAUCACUUAUCGUGAGACAGCUCUGCUCUUCAAUGAGGGUGUGUCUUCUGAGGCCAACAAACAAAGAGUCGCUGUGGUGGUUUCUCAUGAACUAGCACAUCAGUGGUUUGGGAACAUCGUGUCUCCCAAGUGGUGGAAUGACUUGUGGUUAAAUGAGGGAUUUGCCAGUUUUGUAGAAUACUUAGGUGUCAACCAUACCCACCCAGACUGGGAAAUGAUGGAGCAGUUCCUAUUGUCAGAUCUCCAGAGGGUUUUUCCUCUUGAUGCUUUGGCAAGCUCUCACCCUAUAUCAGUUGAAGUUGACCACCCCAAGAAAAUCAAACAGUUAUUUGAUAGGAUUUCCUACAGCAAGGGUGCCUCUAUUAUUCGGAUGUUGGAAGGGUUUGUUGGAAAAGAGAAAUUUAAAGAGGGUCUCAGUUAUUACUUGAGAAAGUAUGCAUACAAGAAUGCUGAAACUCAGGACCUUUGGAAUGCGUUAGGAGAGAAAGCCAACAUGGAUGUUAAAACUAUCAUGGAUACUUGGACAUUGCAAAUGGGAUUUCCUGUGGUGACAAUCACGCGCAUUGGUAGCACAGACAAGGCAAAAGCUACACAAAAACAUUUCCUGUUGGAUCCCAACACAAAUGUGACUGUAACAUCUCAAUUCAACUACAAGUGGCACGUACCUCUGACUUAUGUGUUUCAAGAUGCAUCCCAAGAUCCUAAAACAAAAUGGAUGAACAUUUCAUCUGAUUCAGUUGAGUUCACAUGGCCUAAAAACAAAUGGAUCAAAGGUAACUUUAAACAAGUGGGUUACUACAGAGUGCAUUAUGAUGACGACAACUGGCAAGCACUCGUUCAGCAACUAGAAAAUGACCAUACAGUUUUUACUACUGAGGACAGAUCAAGUUUAAUUGAUGAUGCCUUUAAUUUGGCCAGGGCUGGAUACUUGAAAUAUGACAUUGCUCUGGGCACCUUGAAUUACUUGGGUAAAGAAACUAAGUAUGUUCCUUGGAAGACUGCAUUGAACAGUUUGGGAUUCCUGGAACACAUUCUGAGUGACCGACCAGCAAAUGGAAACUUCCAGAGACUGAUAAGAAGUAAAGUCAAAGCUCUUGCAGAUCAACUCGGUUGGGAAAACAAGCAAGAUGAUAAUCACAUUAAACGAUACCUUCGAAGCGCCAUCUUAGGAGCAGCGUGCAGCGCAGGGGAUUCAGACUGUAUUGAAAAUGCAACUCAGAUUUUUAAAGAAUGGAAAAGUGGUAAAAGGUCUGAAAUAGAUGUAGACCUCCGAACCCUGGUUUACUACUAUGGCAUCAGUAACACUGGUGAAGAGGAGUGGAACUGGUUAUACGAAAAAUUCCUGAACACUACAGAAGCAUCCGAGAAGAGUAAACUUAUGUACGCACUGGCUGCAUCACGUGAGACUUGGAUCCUGAACACGUAUUUAGGAUACUCUCUGGAUUCGUCCAAGAUUCGUUCCCAGGACGCUGUCAGUGUUAUCAGUUACGUUGCCUCCAAUCCUGUUGGAAAAUACCUGGCCUGGACUUUCGUUCAAAACAAUUGGAAGGUUUUGUUUGACAUGUUCAGUACUAGUACCUUCCGUUUGACGAGCCUCACCAACAGUGUGACUCAGUUUAGUACCGAGGCUGAUCUGGAACAGAUGAAGGCAUUCUUUGACCGUUCUGAGGCAGGUACAAGCGAGAAUGCUCGUAAACAGGCCAUCGAGCGUACACAAGCAAACAUCGAGUGGCUAAAGAAAUACGAAGAAAUUAUCACAACCUGGCUUAAAAAUAAUGUUGGUUCAUAGGAAAGUUAAUCGUUUGGUACAAACUUUGGGCCCAUAACAUUUUGAGAAGCUUCUCAUUUUAGUGCUAAAGAAAGAUGAUAGCGGGCGUGCGAGUCAUAGCAGUUUUCAGUAGAGUGUCGAGUGUAAUCCGGAACUGCUUUGGGUUUCUUUACAACAUUGUGUGUUUGGCUUAGAAAAAACACGUGCCACGUGCACGUUCUGAACCAGAAGCAAAACCAAAACAAAUUACGACUUAAUCACAUGCGUUUUCCCGCGCUUCACAGUUUACUCGUGUUAUUUUUUUAAAUUCUUCCUCCUGGUUUUCACUUUUGCUGUGAUUGGUCGUUAAAAUUUCUUUGACACGCCCGAAGUGCGCUCUUGUAGCGACCUUGCGAAAACUGGACGAUCUUUCCUCACGGGGUUUCGUUCGUUCAGCUAUCGCCCUGGUCCUUGCCCAUUGUUGGCGAACUCGACAAACCAGAGAACGUGGUCUUAGUUUUAGUAGUUAUAUUAAUAGGCAACAUAAGCUUACAGUUUUGUUGUAUUUUUUGGUAUAAUUCCUUACUCCUAUCUUUGUCACCCGAUUCUCAAGUUUCCUGUUAAUCUACAGUAUAACUCGGGCAUAUGUUUCUUCUUUUACUUUUGCAUAAUCUCAAGGGUUCUGGUUUCCUUCAUCAUCUUUUUUCUUGUUUUUAAUACGAGCCUACUUUUUAGAUAAUUAUUGUACUCAGAGUCAUUUUUUUAAAUUGAAGCACUGGCCUAGGUUGAAGGUUCCAUUUAGGUUUUAUACUACCAAUUGCUUUUUGGGAACAUCGCGCUAGUUUCCAUUCUGGAGAGCGUUGCGUGACAGACCAAAGAUUUGGCAUUUGUCCUGAAUUGGAUGUAAUCUUUUUUCAGUUUUAAAUCUGUUUUUUGCGGAUUUUGUAUGAACGUCUUGUUCUUACUACAGUAUAAAGUUGAGGAGUGUCUGUAUUCCCUACGAUUUAGAAAACAGUGCACUAAGUGUAAGGCUGUUUUGAUAUCGACCUCGUCGUUGUUCCGAUAAAUCUGCUUGUCACUGUUUAUAACACAUUCCUCCGACGGUUAGAUUCCACCCAAGACAAAAUCGCUCUUGAGGUGGUGAAUGGAAAUAACUGGAUUGGAAUCAUUUAAGUCGUUGUAAUAACGAGAUAAAGUUUUCGUAAUACUUCGUCCAUAUUGGAAUAGUCCUUUAAACAAAUUAGUACGAAUCAGUUAACUGGUUUUCAGAAAAUUCAAUUAUAACUUAAUUACAUGUAGUUAGGCUUAAAAAGAUAUCUUUUUAUAACUGUAGGAAACUUUGUAGGUGAGGAUUUCUGGCGGAGAUCUUGAUCCUUGAUGCCAACCACUUUCGAAUCCUCAAUGUGUUGAUACAUGAAUUCAGUGAUUUGUCUAGGUAGGGACGUCUUUUCAAGGGGCACUCAUAGAACCAGAAAUAGUUAACCUAGAGUAUAGGAAUCCCUUUCAACUAAGUAACAGAUGUAAAGGUUGGAAAAUCAUUUUUGCUGUUACUUUUUGCUGAUUUCUUUUAACUCACAGGACGGACAAUUGCUGAGAAAGUGGUGCUGCUUGUGUUCUGUUACUCAAAGAACUGGUAAUAACUGUGGCUAGCUUUCCUUAGCCGGCUCAUGAGUAGACCUUGAGAUAGAACAGUGUUAGGUAUUAGACAUAAGGGUUAGGGCGUAUAGCUGCAGUAACCGUGACAGACGGUAGUUUUAGUCAAUCAGAGAAUAUUUUUACAGGUAUUUUUGUAUACAUCAAAUGCGAAUGUAUGACUUAUGAAUCAGACAGAAAAACAUUAAUUAUUUUUUUACUUUGCAGCGCGUAUUUUUGUAAGUUAGGUGUGAAAGGUCAUAUAAACCACAAUCUGUUAAAAAAAAUAAUAAUAAUGUCAUGUGAUUGUAAACUAA